UCAAACCACUCUCAAAAAGACUCUUUUCAACGAAUAAAAUGGAAUGUGUAGCCUAGUGGUUGGUUUGGUGGUGUUGAUUUGAGAACUUGGAGUGUGUUUCUUUAAAGGUCUCGGGUUUAAUUCUUCAUAGUACCAUUUUUAUAGGCUAGUCCAUAUAGAGCUAAACUCUGAUUUUAAAUGAGACCACCAUAAGAAGACAAUGAAAUUGGAUCGUUUAGAUUAGUCGGGUUUUUGAGUCGGAUACCGAGUUUAAAAAAAAUGAAAGGUGUUACAUAAUGUAUUAUUAGUAUCUCUCUUCAAAUAAAAUAGAAACAAGAGCAGAUGGGCCAAAAUAAGUCUAGCUUUCCUUUUUAGUACUGAAAUUACUGUGUGCUUGGUAACCUCCAAAUGGAACUCUCAAACUCACUGGGUGACAUCAAGAAGGACUCUUCUGCUUCUGUUUCAGCUUCAGUUUCCUCCAACAUGGGUUCUUUCCCAAGUCCAGGAGCACCAUAUUAUAGGGACAGAACAAGAAGGUAUGAGAACAACAAAGGGUGGAGCUCAGAGAGAGUAUCAAAGCAUGCAGGCAGCAACAACAGCAGCAGAAGACACACUAUGUCUGGUUUAACACCAUUCAGUGGUGGAAGAACAAUGCCUUCAAAAUGGGAUGAAGCUGAAAGAUGGAUUUGUAGUCCAGUUUCAGCAUCAUAUACUGAUAGCAGAAGAACUUCACAUACACAACAACAUCAACAACGUAGACCCAAAUCAAUUAGUGGUCCAAUUGUUCCUCCUCCUGGAAUGGCUCUAUACUCAAAUUAUUCACCAUCAGGUACACAACUUAGACAAGGUUUUGUUGUGAGGAAUUUAAUGGUUAGUUCUCCUUUUUCAACUGGGGUGUUGGCACCUGUUGCUGUUUCUGUUCAUCAUUAUGAUGAUGAUGACCCACAUGGUACAGUUUUUGGUUAUGACAUUGACCAUGGAAUUCAAUAUUCUAGUCCUGUGCUCAACCAGAAUGGUGUAAGGAAUUCAUCAAUGUCUACUGGACACAUGUGUUCUGAAUCUGAUUUGCUGUGUGACCCUUCAUCUCCUACUUCUCAAGAUGAGGAAUAUGAUGGAAUGAAUAAUGAGGAAACUGAGAUGUCUCUUGUUCCAAGAUGUGAUAAAGGUACUCAAAUGAGUCCUACAGAAACAGAGAAUGAUGCAGAUUUAUCUCCAAAGUCUGCUGCAACUUUGGCCAUAUAUCAAGAAUAUUGCCAUUAUCCUAAAUUAGAAGUCAGAGAUGUGGAAGUUGACAGUCAAGCCACUGUUACUAGGGGAUCCAAGAGACAUGGAGCCAAAGUGACAAAAAAUGUCCCAAUGCAUAGAACAGAAAUGAGAGAGAGUGGUGUUGAUGCUCAAGUUUCAUGUUGGGAUAUUGAAGAGUCAACUUUGGACACUUCCAAGUUACAGAGAGAGGAAGCCAAAAUCAUCGCGUGGGAGAAUUUGCAGAAAGCAAAGGCAGAAGCUGAAAUAAGGAAACUUGAGAUGAAAUUGGAAAAGAAGAGAUCCUCAACAAUGGAUAAAAUUCUAAAGAAACUUAGAAGGGCACAGUUGAAAGCAGAAAGUAUGAGAAGCAUCACACCUGUACAACAGGACCAUCAAGCUUCCAAGAUUUGCAAAGUAUUUUCAUUCCCCAAAUAUGCCCAGAUAAGAUCUUUAGGCAGCUGCUUCACCAGCCAUUCCCAUGUACAUGCCUGAAGUCAUUGAGAGUUGUUUUGACCAGGUUAUAAAAGAAUAUUCUGCAUUGUCUUAAUGCCAUUUGAUGUAAUUGGCAUGUGUUAGAAAGCUCUCAUUACAUCAUUCUUUGUACCUAGUUAUGAGUUGUUUGUAUAUAUAAAGCACAGUGAAUUAUGUGGACGGACUUUCUUCUAUAAAUAUUUUGACAUCACCCUUUAUGGAUAAACA